CUGAAAACCACCCCCUAACUACAAAGCCUAGAGCAAAUGCGAAUGCCACUUCCUUUUUACAUUUUUUUUCCCCAAAUUUAAGCAUGAACAAAUCUAGAAUAAGAAGCUUUACUUUGUUUGUUCUUUGGUUCAUCGUUCUCUCGCAUCAGAUUCUAUCGGUAGUUUGUGAAAGAGCGCAGUAUGAUGAAGAGAAACCAUCUCUCUUGCAGGUAGUAUCAAGCACCAUUUCAAUGUUGAAGAAAUCUCAUAAAAGUUCUUGGGAAAAGAUCAAAACCAUCAUCCAUGACUUUCAGUUGCAGUUUACCCCUCCGAAUUUAGAUUUUAGAGGGACGGGCACAGCAACGGCUAGCGGUUCUGAUAGUGUAGGAGAGAAUAUGAAAGAAGCAGUUAAGAAAAGCAUUGGAACAAGUAAAGUAACAAUUGAAGAAACUGCCAAAUCUGCUGCAGAAAUUGCUGAUGGAGCUGUCCACAAGACUAAAGAGAAGGUGAAGGAGAUUGUCUCUGGUCAAGAAGAAUCUCACGAUGAGCUUUGAACUAAAUCCAGAAACUAUGUUAGUAUGAGCAAUUUAGUGUGUUGCUUGUAAGUCAACUUUUGUUAUAUGAACUUGCUAAUUAUUAUGCACUCUUUCUCAAUCUCUGAUGUACUUAAUUUUU